CGACUGUUAAAAAAAAAAAAAGAGAAUUGCAAGUCACUUUGGCAGCGAAAUUUCAGGAGUUUUUUGCUCUGAAAAUUUUGUGUUCAUCUUCACCGCCAAAGUACACCAUGCCUAUGGACUCUUCCAAGUGGAUCGACGUCAAUGUCGAAAAAAAUCACUACCAUUUAGACCAUUUCGUCAUUCCUCAACAUUAUGAAAAGGACCUUUCAAGUAUUCUUAUUCCCCAUGGUGUCAUUAUGGAUCGUGUCCACAAGUUGGCUCGUAUGAUUGUCGACGAAACAACCGGUCCACUUGUUGUGUGCUGUAUCUUGAAGGGUGGCCAUCAGUAUUUCGCUGAUCUGGUGAAUUGCAUCAAAAAACUUACCACUAAAGGUGGCAAAACUAUUCCUUUGAGCCUUGAAUUCAUUCGUGUCAAGUCGUACAAAAAUGACAAGUCGGAUGGUGUGACCAUCUCCAUGACGGAGGAAGAAUGCCGCGAAUUAGAGGGCAAGAAUGUGUUGAUCGUCGAGGAUAUCAUUGAUACAGGUGCUACCAUGGUGAAAUUAUUGCAGAAGUUGGAUGAAUAUAAGCCCAAAUCGUUGAAGGUGACCAGCUUGUUGAUCAAGAAGACCACCCGAAGCAACGGCUAUGUUCCCGAUUAUGUUGGCUUUGCUAUCCCUGAUGCCUUUGUUGUCGGUUAUGCGUUGGAUUAUAAUGAAUAUUUCCGUGAUCUCGACCAUAUUUGUGUGAUCAGCGAUCAUGGCAAGGAAGCUUAUGCGAUAAACUAAAUUUCUUUGUUGGUCUAGAUUUAUAUAGAAACGAUGUGCGGCGAUCUUGGUGUAUGAUUUUCAUUCUUUUCAUAUCAAAAUUAAAAACUUUGCAAAUGUCUA